UUAUCCUAUCAAGGAACGGCUUUGGUAGUGACACGUCAUGAUUCUCCCGCCAACCACACCAGAUCCUUUGGCUUUCAUCUCCUUCCGCCUCGACUCUUCCGUGUCUCUCAUUUCAUCGAUAAGCACGAGGAUGGCUUGUUUUCGUUCGAUAGGAUCUUUAACUUCUCUCACUCAUUCUCCUCGAGAUGUUUCACGCUCCUCAGGCAUUGUCUUAACUUCAUGUUCUGUUCAUCCCAUCACGCGCUCCACCUUCACUGGCUCUCCCAUCUCCCUCCCGCGACUCCAGCCACCAUCUCAAACACCUACAAGACCGCGUAACCUCGUCCCAAUCACGAUGAUGGUGAAACCAACGCUCCAGUUCAUCCAAGGAACAGACGAGAUGACCAUCCCUGACGUCAAGCUGACUCGGUCAAGAGACGGAUCCAACGGAAUGGCACUCUUCAGUUUCGACCAGCCAUCGGUUUUCGACUCGAGCGGCGAGGUCGGGGAGAUAACCGGACUGUACAUGAUCGACGAGGAAGGUGUGAUUCAGUCCACCGACGUGAACGCCAGAUUCGUUAACGGGAAACCUGAAGGCAUUGUGGCCAAGCACGUGAUGCGCACGCCGAAGGAAUGGGAUAGGUUCAUGAGGUUCAUGGAACGGUACUCUGACCAAAACGGUUUACAGUUCGUUAAGAAGCAAUGAGCUGGACUUUGUUGUAUGUUACACAUUUUUAUUUCAUUAGAGAUUUUGAUUACUAUAUUUCCAAAACCUAAAUAUUUAAAAAAAACAAGAAACGGUUACUUACAAUC